AUGUUUCCAAAUGGCAAAUCGUUCCUCCUCGACCCCGAGAAGCGUGCCGGUCCAACCCGAUACUCCCACGCCCGAGUCGUAGAGCCUGCAAUGCACCACACCAUCUACGUCUCGGGAAUUGCUGCCGUUGCUUCAGAUGGAACCUACGAAGGUGUUGUCGAAAACCCCGAUGGGUCCUUCACCGUCGACGUCCGACACCAGACCGCUGCGAUUCUACACAGAAUCGACAGCAUCAUCCAGGGUGCUUCCAAUGGGAAAGCCAACCUAUACAAUAUCGUCGACUCAACCGUCUAUAUCCUCGACAUGAAGACUCAGUAUGCCGACAUGAAUAAGGAGUGGAACAAGAUCUGGACCGAUCGCGCGAGUGCUCCCAGCCGGGCAACAAUCGGGGUCAAUGAGCUCCCUGAUCCUCGAUUUGCGGUGGAGAUUAAAGCAACCGCGAUAUUUGAGGCGUAA